CCCUCGUUUGUCACGUGACCACGAAACCAAAAUGGCCGCGUUGGUGUUUUGACGAAUAAUACUUUUGUGUUUGUUUCAUUCUUUUAAAGAAAUCGGCCGGAGGUCGCGUUCAGCGCGCGGGGAAGAGGAGAAACACACUCCCGCUUCAUGUUUUAACUGAAGGAGCUUCAGCGAGACAAUCAGACUGUGUUGUAAUUCUGUGGUGUUUUAGACUAUGCACUUUCGGUGUUUAUAGGAGCCGCGGGGACAGAGGGGCUAGCUGCGGGGCUAGCGACAUUAUUCAGCUACAGAAAAUAAUUAAGAGAAAAGCGAUGGAAGAGCUCAGCGCGGAUGAGAUCCGGAGAAGACGACUGGCCCGGUUAGCUGGAGGUCAAACAUCCCAGCCCACCACCCCCCUUAGCACCCCUUUGACGUCCCCACAGAGAGAGACCCCUCCAGGUCCGCUGCCAGGGCCGUCGGGGGCGUCUCCACAGCCUUUACCACCAGCACCAUCCCACACUCUGGGCCUCAACACCCAAAAUGUCACCCCUGCCACUUCACCAAUGGGGGCUUCAGGGGUGGCGUACCGCAGCCAGAGCAGUGAGGGGGUCAGCUCUCUCUCCAGCUCCCCAUCCAACAGCCUUGAGACCCAGUCUCAGUCCCUGUCCCGCUCACAGAGCAUGGACAUCGACACAGCUUCCUGCGAAAAGAGCAUGUCCCAGGUGGAUGUGGACUCAGGAAUUGAGAACAUGGAAGUGGAGGACAGUGACCGCAGGGAGAAGCGUAACCUGGCUGAGAAGGACUCCUCGUCUAACCCAGAUGUGUCUGAGGAGCAGGCUCUGCAGCUCAUCUGCAAGAUUCUCCGUGUAUCCUGGAAGGAGCAGGACCGUGAUGUCAUCUUUCUGCCCUCGCUUGCUGCAGAGUUCCAGCAGAACCCAAAAGAUGUCUAUGCUGACUUCAAAGACUUGAUUGGCCAGAUCCUAAUGGAAGUGCUCAUGAUGUCCACCCAAUCACGUGACUGCAACCCCUUUGCUAGCCUGACCGCCACAUCACAGCCAAUCACUGCUGCCAAAUCCCCAGACCACCACUUGACACUCGUCCCGCCUUCCAGCCAGGGAAGCAGUCCCAUGAUGCCCUGCGGAGGCUCGUUCGGUGCCAGCUCUUUGUCCAGUCUGUAUGGAUGUAGUCCACAUCCUCUUACUCACAACUUCAGGAUGAGUGCACCGUCAAUUCCUGUGCCUUCAGCCCCUCUUGCAGGUGUGCCUCCUUCUGCAGGUGUGCCUCCUUCUGCAGGUGUGCCUCCUUCUGCAGGUGUGCCUCCUUCUGCAGGUGUGCCUCCUUCUGCAGGUGUGCCUCCUUCUGCAGGUGCGCCGCCUCCUGCAGGUGUGCGUCCUUCUGCAGGUGCGCUGCCUCCUGCAGGUGCCCCUCCUUCUGCAGUUGCCCCUCCUCCUGUAGAUGCUACCCCUCCUGCAGGUGCCCCAUCAGUACCUGUUCCACGUCUCCCUUUUAGCUCCUCUUCUCAAACCUCCUCUGCUCCUGUGCCCAUCUCUCAGAGGUACAGGCCCUACUCCCUCAGCCCCUCUCAGGGUUCCUCAUUCCCCAUGAGCUUAAGCCCCAGAUCUGGCCCUGCAGGGCCUUCAUCUACCCUGUCCACCUCCACCCAAAGCCCAGCUGUGCCGUCCAGCCCCCAGCCUGCCCCUCUGCCAUCUCCCAGACACCGGGCACGGAACACAGCUGUCCCAUUUCCCUUCAUGCCUGCCUCUCCCACCACUCUGGCCAGACGGACCGCUUUGGCUGCACGGAUGCCCUCUAGCCCUUUCUCUCUCCUCUUCUUUGCCCUGUCUGACAUGUCUCAGGACAGCAGCGACGAAGAGCUGGAGGAAGACGAGGAGGAGGAGGAUUUUUCUGGGGUUCAGUUUGGGUCAAGCCUGGGUGCGUCUGGUGGGGGAACGGCCUGUGACUCAGGCAGUGACCGCUUCACCAUCGAGGCGUGUAAAGAGACAGAGAUGCUGAACUACCUCAUCGAACGCUUUGACAGCGUGGGCAUGGAGGAGAGGAAGGCACCUAAGAUGUGCAGCCAACCGGCGGUUAGUCAGCUGCUCAGCAACAUACGCUCCCAGUGUAUUUCCCAUGCUGCUCUUGUGCUUCAGGGUGCCCUCACUCAGCCCAGGGCCCCGCUGCAGCCCUCCUUACUAGUCCCCUACAUGCUGUGCCGGAACCUUCCUUAUGGCUUUAUCCAGGAGCUGGUGCGCAUGACUCACCAGGAGGAGGAGGUGUUUAAACAGAUCUUCGUCCCCAUUCUCCAAGGGCUCGGAUUAGCUGUGAAAGAAUGUUCGUUUGACAGUGACAACUUUAAGUACCCCCUGAUGGCUUUAGCUGAACUUUGUGAAAUUAAGUUUGGAAAGACUCACCCUAUGUGCAAUUUGAUGACGUCUCUCCCACUGUGGUGCCCUGAUCCUUUGAGUCCUGGAGCCGGCAGAGAGAUCCAGAGACUGUCUUUCCUUGGAGCCUUCUUCAGUCUUUCUGUCUUCGCAGAGGAUGAUACUAAGGUGGGAGAUAAAUACUUCUCAGGCCCUGCCAUUACUAUGGAGAACACGCGUGUGGUCAGUCAGUCCUUGCAGCACUAUCUGGAGUCUGCCAGGGGCGACCUGUUCAAAAUCCUCCACCAGAUCUUGCUGAACGGAGAGACGAGGGAGGCUGCGCUCAGCUACAUGGCAGCUCUGGUGAAUCGUAAUGUGAAAAAGGCUCAGAUGCAGACGGACGAUAAGCUAGUGUCCACAGAUGGCUUCAUGAUGAACUUCCUAUGGGUGCUGCAGCAGCUAAGUAUGAAGAUUAAGCUGGAGACUGUGGAUCCCCUCUACAUUUUUCAUCCCAAGUGUCGAUUAAAUGUGAGUGUUGAGGAGACUCGACUUAAAGCCACCAUGGAGGAGCUGAAGAGCUGGCUGUCAGAACUGCAUGAAGACCCAGCCAAGUUCUCAGAACCCAAGUUCCCUACAGAAUGUUUCUUUCUAACGCUACACGCACAUCACCUGUCCAUCUUACCUGGGUGUCGUCGUUAUAUCCGCAGACUAAGAGCCAUUAGGGAUCUGAACAGAACUGUAGAGGAGCUGAAAAACAGUGAGAGCCAAUGGAAGGACUCACCCUUGGCCAGUCGACACAGGGAGAUGCUGAAGAGAUGCAAAACCCAGCUGAAGAAACUGGUGCGCUCGAAGGCUUGCGCUGAUGCUGGCCUGCUGGAUGAGAAUCUCCUGCGCAGAUGUCUCCAGUUCUACAGUAUGGUGAUUCAACUCAUUCUGCGCAUGGUGGACCCUGCCUACCCCAACAUGUCCAUGCCCCUGAGUCCUGAAAUUCCCAAGAGCUUUGCUGCACUGCCCGAGUUUUACAUUGAGGAUGUUGCGGAGUUUCUGCUUUUCAUUGUGCAGUAUUCUCCUCAGGUACUGUAUGAGCCCUGCACUCAGGACAUUGUGACCUUCUUGGUCGUGUUCAUCUGCAGUCAGAACUACAUCAGGAACCCUUACCUGAUUGCUAAGCUUGUGGAAGUGUUAUUUGUAACUAACCCAGCAGUUCAGCCCCGCACACAGCGCUUCUUUGAGAUGAUUGAGAACCACCCUCUGUCUGUCAAUCAGCUGGUCCCAGCUCUCAUGAAGUUCUACACAGAUGUGGAGCACACCGGAGCCACCAGCGAGUUCUAUGACAAGUUCACCAUCCGCUACCACAUCAGCACCAUCUUCAAGAGCCUUUGGCAAAACAUGGGCCAUCAUGGUACCUUCCUUGAAGAGUUCAACUCUGGGAAGCAGUUUGUACGCUACAUCAACAUGUUGAUCAAUGACACAACAUUCCUGCUGGACGAGAGUUUGGAGUCCCUGAAGCGCAUCCAUGAGAUCCAGGAGGAGAUGAAAAACAAAGAGCAGUGGGACCUGCUGCCCAGGGAGCAGCAGCAAGGCCGCCAGUCCCAGCUGACUCAGGACGAGAGGGUGUCGCGCUCCUACCUGGCCUUAGCCACAGAGACUGUGGAUAUGUUCCAUAUUCUCACCAAGCAGGUCCAGAAGCCCUUCCUCCGGCCUGAGCUGGGCCCUCGUCUGGCUGCAAUGUUGAACUACAACCUUCAGCAGCUGUGUGGACCCAAGUGUCGAGACCUGAAGGUGGAGAACCCUGAGAAAUACGGUUUUGAGCCCAAGAAGCUGUUGGACCAGCUCACAGAUAUCUACCUUCAGCUGGAUUGUGCUCGCUUUGCUAAAGCCAUUGCAGAUGAUCAGAGAUCAUACAGCAGGGAACUCUUUGAGGAAGUAAUUUCCAAAAUGAGAAAGGCAGGAAUCAAGUCCACCAUAGCAAUUGAGAAGUUUAAGCUGCUGUUGGAAAAAGUGGAGGAGAUAGUGGCCCGUAACUCCCAGUCUGAGAUGGACUACAGUGAUGCUCCGGAUGAGUUUAAAGACCCUCUGAUGGACACUCUCAUGACUGACCCUGUGAUAUUGCCUUCUGGAAACAUAAUGGACCGAGCCAUCAUCCUGCGCCAUCUCCUCAACUCGCCCACCGACCCCUUCAACAGACAGCCUCUCACUGAAAGCAUGCUGGAGUCAGUUCCAGAGCUGAAGGAGCGUAUUCAUGCGUGGAUGAGGGAGAAGCAAGGACGCUUUUCUCAGUGAGCCACACUUGCAGCCAGUUUAGGAUGGUUUCAAUAUGGAAUUUGACUUGGAACAGAUUGAAGGGAAGAAAGCAAAGAAGAAAAAAAAAACUGUCAUGAAACCUAAUUUGAGUUUUUUCCCUUUAUCAUUUUUUUUGUUUUAUUUUGUUUUUUUUUCCUGGGCCGUCAAGGUAAAGGCUGUUGGUUCUAAAUUGAAACAUAAUAAUAAAGUUUAGACUUUUAAAA